GGUGCGAUUACACGUAGCGUGGUACGCGAUACGCGGUACAGAAACUAAGGAAAAAGUUACAUGAUCGUUACUUUGAUUUAUCCUUCCUAUGGCGUUGGCGGCGACAACGACGGUGACGGCGUUGGCGAUGACUGGUGGCGGUGGUUUUGUGCUAGUGUUUAUCGCUCUUGUGUAUGUCACGCAAUUGAAAACCUUCUUUCUCUUUUUGUGCAAUUUUUCAAUAUUUGUGAUUUGUUUAUUGUGAAAAAAUAAUGUCGGGAUAUCGCAAGGUGAACUAUUACGAAUUAUGUCGAUUGUGUACCAGCAGUGAAGGUAACAAGAUGAAUAUUUUUCGUGAUGAAGGACGUAGACGACAAUUGCAAACAAAAAUACAGACGUAUCUUCCGAUACAGAUUAUGGAGGAGGAUUCAUUACCAAAAAUUGUAUGCCAUGAAUGCGUCAAGAAGCUAGAGAAUUUCAUAGAAUUUCGAGAAACUGUUGUCAAUGCUGAGGGUAUGUUGGAAUCUUAUUUCACUUCACUUCGUUUUUCCGAAGAAUUUCUGAAAGAAGGAAAAGUUUAUGUAAAGAAUACUGAAAAGGAAAGAUCGUCUACACCAGAGGAUGAAGUUCUAAAGUCAUUGGAUAAACCAAUAUCAGUGGGAGAUCAAAUAAUAAAUAAUCAACAAACAACAGAUCAAAUACAUCAGCAACCUGUCGUAGUUAGCAAUAUAAAUACUUCUAAUAUACAAAUUAUUAGUGGUGUUCAAGCAAGGGUACAACAAUACAAAUGUGCUAUGCAGAUGCAACCAGGUGGUAUGGCAGCAGCUGUCGUUGAAGCUACAGCAGAGACUCAUUACAGUUACCAACAACAAACUUCUCAAGUAUCACAACAAUCAAAUGAAGCACAAAAUCAAAUCAGUGAUCAACAAAAUCAGCCUCCUGUAAUUCAAACACAAACUCAAAAUCAAGUACAGAAUCAUAGCCAAAUAAAUCAGCAAGUACAAUCCCAAAGAGCAAUGUCUCAACAAUUGAAUCAGUCGGCACAGUUAUCUCAACAGGUUCAACAACAGAGUCAAAGUCAAAUCAGUCAACCAGUACAGAAUCAAUCACAAAUAUCACAGCAACUUCAACAAUUACAGAGACAACAACGUGAAUUUGAAAAGCAACAUAGACAACUUCAACUUGAAAAACAGCAAGUGCAAAUUAUAACACAACAAGAGUUUUCAGUGAAACAAGAGACACCAGUUGUACAUCAAAAUAAUAAUAUAGUUUUCAAAACUGAAACAGAUAUAGAACCGAAUCAACAAAUUAUACAAAAAAUACAAUCCGAAACCCAAAAAGACGAAUCUCCUAACCCAACUGUACAAACUUAUACUACAGUACAAGCAACGCCAGAAGUAUUUCUAAAUUUAGGUUUCAAAGAGACUCCAUUGAUGAUUCGAGACGACAAAGAUUUUAAAGAAUUGACAAAAACGUCGUCUGAUGAUGGAAUGUCUCGUAAUUCAAUUGAACAGAUCAGAGAAUUUCUAAGGCUUAGAUCAGGAUCAGAGCCAAAUUCUCUAAUCACUGUCAAUCCUCAAGGACUUUCACAAAAUGGAAGAAACGCUAUUUGUCGCGAUUGUGGUAAAAGCUUUCCUUCAUUCAAUCAAAUGAGCAAUCAUAAUUGUAAUGUUGAGACACUUGUAAGCGAACCAUCAGAUUCCGGAAGUAAGGAUGAUUCCUUGCAAACUAAUGUUAAUUCUUUUAAUUGUGACAUUUGUAGUAAACCAUUUAAACGGAAAGAGCAUCUUUUCCAACAUCGAAAAUUACAUACUGGUGAGCGACCAUAUGUGUGCACGACAUGUACAAAAGCAUUCAGUCGUAAAGAACAUUUAGUUAGACAUUCGGUUUCUCAUACUGGACAGAAAAUGCACGAAUGUGAAAUGUGUGGUAAAAGUUUUUCACGUAAGGAUAAUCUACAUAAACAUCGAAAAACGCAUGGUGUAUCUGGUCCUUACAUCUGUGAAACUUGCGGAAAGUCAUUUGUUGUAAAACAUUAUUAUGUAAUGCAUUUAACUACUCAUGCGGUAGCUGUCAUGGAUGGUAUAAAUUGUCCUGAUCCAUUUCCAUAUAAAUGCGAUAUAUGUCACAAAGCAUUUUCAGUAAAACAAUAUCUUACUACACAUAGACUUAGACAUAGAUCGAAAAAUAAUAAUUCUGCACAAAAUAGUUUAAACGGGCAUCAACAACAAUCGAAUCCUACAAAUAAUGUGAAUGUAGUGACAAAUAACGUUAAUAAUACUGGAAAUUUAAAUAAUAAUGGGCAAUCUAGCAAUGAGUCGACUGUUGAAAUGCAAAGCGUUAUUGAACGAAACGAACAAGUUAAUAAUUCAUUUGCUAACAGUCAGUAUCAUACUAAUGUGCAAGAGUUUCAAUGAGA